ACACGCAUAGUAUAAUGAAUAGUAUUAAAUAAUAUUAAAGAACCAUAUAUCAGCCGCUAUUCAUUUCUAGUGGUGUCGUGAUAAGAAUUUGGGAUUCUUUAGAAGUCGGUGAACGUUUGCAGGCAAUCACUAAAAUGUUAGCAAAUAGCGUUGUAGUACGACGUAAGGUAUCCGAUACUUCUUCUUCGCAAGAGUUAAAAGAUACCUUCACAAGUUAUUGGGAAUCAUAUAACGAUAAUCCCCUACUCGGUAGAGACAAUAUUCUCGCCUCUAUUUGUCCGCAGCUUUAUGGAAUGUACACUGCAAAGUUAGCGUUAGCUAUUGUACUAGCUGGUGGUGUGCCGAAGUGCAACGAAAGCGGUACACGAGUACGCGGAGAACCUCAUCUUCUUUUGGUCGGUGAUCCUGGGACUGGAAAAUCUCAGUUGCUUCGUACAGCGGCCCGUUUGGCCAUAAGAUCAGUUCGUACGACCGGCGUAGGAUCGACUGCAGCUGGACUCACAGCAAGUGCUGUCAAAGUUAGUAAUAUCUUGCGUGCCUAAUAAAGCUUCUCGAUCAAUUUCGUA